AUGGAGAUAAAACCAUCUUCCCCUACUCAUUUAGCUUCUCCGGAUGAAGUUGAAGAUUUAAUAUCUUUAAAUGAGCCCAUAGCAGAAGUUAUUGCACAACAGAAUGAAACAAAAGAUGAAUCACAACAACUUGAUAGCGACGAAGUUAAUAAUGAUCCCGCAGUCACAGCCCCAUCUGAUGAAAUAACUCAAGAAGAAAAGAUUACACAACAGGAUCAAUCAAGUUCUGAAGUUGGUGCCGUUCUCCAACCAGUCAAACAGGAGCCUAUACCGGAUCAAUCACAGAAAACCGAAACAGAACAGGAUACUGAACAAAAUCUUCAAUCUGAAAAUGCCCCUGACGUCAAAGUUCAAGUAGAUUCAAUAGACCAGACCUCUCUGGCUUUAGGACCUGAAGCUACCGAGAAAGAACCGGAACAAAACAAAGAAUCAUCAGACCCAGCUCAAGAAUCCGAAAAGAAAGAGCCAGAGCCACAGACAGAAACACAGACAGAAACAAAAGCUGAAUCAGAACCAGUACCCAAAAAGCCAGUUCGUAAGCGUCUUACAUUACAAGAAAGGUUGGCGCAAGCUGCUAAAGGAAAAUCUAAAAAAUCAACAAAAUCAAAAUCACCUUCUGCUGAACCUCCAGCUUCGACUACUGCCACCCCUGCUCCUCAACCCGUAGUUGACACAGUUAUACCCGAAGAAGCCCCAGUUGAGAUAGCUUCUCCACUGGCCGUAAGUUUAACUACCGUCAAUCCAUUUGAGAAGGAACGCGAGGAAUUAUUAAGGAAAAUUUCUGCCCAGGAAUCCAUGAUUAAGGAAUUGCGUGAAGAAGGUGAAUCGCUUUCUCAUAAAGAAUUGAAGUUGAAUGAUACCAUCAAGAAAUUAAAAAACACCAAUCUACAGUUGGAAGAAAAUUUACAAGAUUAUUUAAUCAAAAGUGAUGAAUCAAGCUUAAAAUUACAAGAAUUCCAAGAAUUCUUGCGUCUUCAUAAAUUUAAAUCAUUUGAUCAAUUUAAAGAAAAGUUUGGUGAGCUUAACUAUAAAUUAGCCAAUACGACACAAGAAUUGGAGCAAGCCAAUGGUUUACAACAAAAGUAUUCUGAUCUUGUACUUACACAUGAGCAAGAAGUUUCAUUAAAUAAAGCAACGGUUAAAGAGCUUAAUGAUUUGAAAAUUCAAAUUGAUAUUAUGAAAUCACAACAUAGCCUUGAAUUGGAUUCCAAGGAGAAUAUUUUGCAAGAUUUGAAGAAUGAAUUAAUGUCAGCUAAGCAAAGUUAUGGUAGAGAAAUUUCUCGUCUUGAAGAUAAAAUUGAAAACUUGCGAUUAGAACAAGAGUCAAAUGUGACUAUUUCUGAAACCAGCGAUGAAUCCGACAAAGGUAAGAUUGAGGAGUUUAUCAAGCUUUCAGAAUCGCAUCAUAAUCUUCAAAAGCAAUAUUUAUCAUCACAACAGAAUUGGAAGGUAAUUGAAUCUAAUUUAUUACUAAAAAUUGAUAAUUUGACAAACACGAUCGAGCAGCUUAAGAAGCAAAAGAAUAAAUUAACUCAAGACUUAACCAAAGUUAAUAAUUUAUUAAUUUCCCUGGACAAUGAAGUUAGGAAAUUAACACAAGAAGUCACUACACUUGAACAACAAAUUCAGAACCAUGAGCUAAGUAUUAAGAUCAAGGAAAACGAUUUUGUUGAAUUGCAAGAUAAAUUUGAUAAGUUACAACACAUUUAUAAUCAAGAUCGUGCUAAAUUAAACACCAAGAUUGAAACAUUGAACGACACAAUUGAAAAAUUGAAGGAACAACAGAAAUCAGCUAGUGAAUUACAAUUGAAUUUGGAUAAUUCAACCAGACAAAUUUCAUUGGGCAAUUUAUCAGCAGCAAGCUGGAAUGAUAUAAGGUUUGGAGAAUCAUCGACUACACCAGCCAUAAAUCGAGACUUUUCAGGUAUUUACAUCGACAACAGUCGCAACCAAUCACUGACUUCAUUCACGGAGAUCGGCGUUGAAGACGGAUACGAUUUACGAGGAGAACUGGUGUAUAAUCACCUUGGCAAUAUCCCUACAAGUUCGCACAGUAAUAAUAUUCAAUUGGUGAAUAAGAUGAGUUCAACUAUAAGGCGGUUGGAAAUUGAACUCAACACCUUGAAAGAUGAAUAUAGUAAAUUAUCCAUGGAUAAGGAGAAGCUUGAACAAGAGUUGUUUGAAAGUUUGAAGUUGAAUGAUGAAAUGUCGCAAAUGAAUGUUCAAAUAGAUGAGUUGAAGAAGCAAAUACUGGAAAAGGACAGGAAGGAGCAAACUAUGCUUGAAUUGAUUGGUGAAAAAUCAGAACAAGUUGAAGAAUUAAAAGCUGAUGUUUUCGAUUUGAAAGAGUUGUGUAAACUUCAAGUGCAGCAAAUGAUUGAGAUUCAACAAAAGAAGUAAAUAUAGCAUAUACUGUACAUAUUAUUAUUGAUGUAAAGUAAGAUAUUUUGUUAUGUAAGUUUUCAAAAUGUUUAUUUGAUAUUUGCAACCAAUUUGGCUGCUUGACAAAAAAAAAAAA